GAUUUUUUUCACACUCGUCAUUUGUUUACGCUGGUUUAUCGUCCUCGUCUUUAUCAAUUUGUGCUUGCCAUACAUGGUGGAGAAGGAUGUGAGCCGCGAGAGGAAUGCAUGUGCACUGGAAUUGGUGGUGGAGAAAGCAGAGAAAAUCACAUAAGAAACGUCAUUGCUAUCACCGUUCCAUCGAUACAGUCAAUUUCAUCCUGCAGUUUUGUUCCACACAGAGACAGUAGGCCUAAUUGAGUUCGUCAUCACGGUUCCGUUUAACAUUAAUUUAAAAUUAUGCAGGUUUUUGAAAGUUUCGAUUGCGUACUUGUGUAGCCUGUAAGAAAAGGGGCGUCGACGUUUAAGAUGGCCAACCCGCUCGACAACCCGACGGAUGAUCUGUCCGCGUCCAGUUCCGGGCUACUGCUGCUCGGUACUUCAGAUGAUUCGGAAAUUCUAGAAGGGUUUCUUUGUCCGAUUUGUAAAGCAGACUUGAAAACGCCUGAACGGCUGACGGUGCAUGUCGAGCAGGAACAUUCCGAAGAGCAGGACCUCCUAAAGUCACUUAAGGAAAUGUUCAGCUUUGCGAAGAAGAAAAUACUCAACCUGGACGAAACGGCUAGUGAUCUGGCUCGUAGCUUGGAUAGCUCAUUGCAGGUGGUAGGUAGACAGGAACGACUAGCAACGGUGAAUCCGAUUCAUCUUCCUGGGCAACUCGUUGGUACAGACUGUGACCAUAUGGGUUACUUUAAGGCUGUGCGAAAUCCUCGCUUAGAAAGGUAUGCUUCGGAGACGAAUAAAUUGAUCAUUCGUUUGGACAAACUGCUGGAUGGACUGCCAAGCGAUCCAGAUGCCCGGAAACGUCACGAAAAGAGUAAAGUUCCUUGGAUCGAUGGGAAGCUGGUCAAGCUGUGUCCAAGUUGCGCGAAAAGUUUCGGAUUAACUAGAAGACAACACCAUUGCCGUGUUUGUGGAUCCGUCAUGUGCGAUGGCUGCUCUUAUCACUUAUCGUUUGACGAAGCAAGAAGCAUCGUUCAACCGGUCAGUCCUGGUGCAAAAGUUCCAGAACUAUGCAACCAAUCUGAAGAAUCGUCCAAGGACCGGGAUUCGUCCGGCUUUCGAGUUUGCGAACAUUGUCUACAUCUUCUAAUGAAUCGGAAGGAGAUGCAAGACUCUCGCUCGGACCGUCGGGUCAUCACAAAACUUUACGAAAAAUUACUGCAGGAGAAAAAGGACAUCGAACCGGACAUUCCCAUGUACUCCAAAAUCAUAUACAGUCUGUAUGAAGGGGAUGCCAUCUAUCGUCUUUCGGAUGCCAGUGCACUGAGGGAAAAGAUUGGUCGGGCUGCUGAAAGAAUCGAUAACAUUAGCAAAGCUAUUCUCGCUAUCUCGUUUGUCCAGGGUAGCCGCGAAGAAGCGCUGAAAAAAUCCAUCCGCUUGUCAUGCAUUUCCUACAUAAAAGAGCAAAUGUUAUCGAUUCCUCCAUUGCCUCUGGAGGAGGAAAUCAAAAAGAUUCAGCAGCGCAAGAAACAGGAAACCGCAAGACGAAUCGAACGAGAGCGAAGAUUAGCAUUGGAAGCGUACGAAAAGCAUGAACAGCACUCGGAGCCGUACAACGGCAGUUCUAGUUCAAGCACAGCUUCAACAGCGGAAAUGACUAACGGGCGGUAUUACGGAGCGGCAGCCCUCGUUAGUUCUUCCGACAACUGGAGCGGGUUCCAAGCUGCCAACGUAGCAGUCUCGAGCAGUGCCGAUCCGCUGAUCGAUCAGAUCAACAUUGUUAAGGGUUACAUCCGACAGGCUCGGGAAGCGUUGCGCUUCGAAGAAGUGGAAACGUUAGAGCGCAACCUGAGCGAACUGACGCAGGAGUUCUACGAACGGCAACGGCGGGCGCCUGGCGGAUCCGGUUUUGCCGAAGGCGAGGCAUCGUCAAUGUCCGGCCCGUAAACGUCCAAUAGAUUUUGACUCAGAAUUAGUAUUAAAACCGAACGAGUUAUUUUCUAGUAAGAAACGAUGGAAGUUGUGCAUGCAUUUGCUUCUCUUCGGUUGGCUUGUAUUUUUGUGCUCUAUUUGAAAUUGCAUUAAUAAAAUAUUCUCAGCCACUGCGAGUGGCUAAAUUUAA